AUGGGCGCCGCCACCGAACCGACCGUUCCCACUGCCAUUUCCGCCAAGCAGGGCCUCGGCGCUGCGACCAACGGGGCAGGCGGUGUCACAGACGUGGCUACGGUGGCAAGUGGCUGCUUUUGGGGUACUGAACACAUCUUCCGAGAACACUACGGGAGCGGUCGAGGCCUCAUCGACGCCAAGGUCGGCUUCAUUGGCGGAAAGGAGUCAAGCAAGGACCCAAGUUACGAAGAGGUCUGCACCGGCCGCACCGGUCAUGCGGAAGCCACGCAGAUCAAGUUCGAUCCUACCAAGGUCACCUACGCCGAGCUCGUCGAGUUCUUCUACCGUACCCAUGAUCCAACGCAGCUUAAUGCGCAGGGCAACGACCGCGGCACCCAGUACCGCUCCGCACUUUUCCCGCACGAUGCCGACCAGCUCGGCGCAGCCCAGAAGGUGACACAGGAGGUGCAGGACAAGUACUUUGGACCAAAGGGCCGCAAGAUUGUCACGCAGAUCGAGCAGAGGCCUGCGGGCGACUUUUUCGUCGCGGCAGAGUACCACCAGAGGUACCUCGAGCACAAUCCGUUUGGCUACCAGUGCAGCAACCACAAGCUCUGGUGGUGA